UUCUUUUCCACGCAUACUAAAAUAGAGAAGGGUUGACUCUACAGUCCUUAUAUUAUUUUGCUCAUAGCCUCACAAACACCGCCUCCUUUCUUCUUCACCAUCAACUCUCUACAGUGAAUUCGCUCCCAUCCUACGAUAGUUAGGAGUUCUAUUGCAUCAUCACAGUCUCGAUUAAUGGACGAGGGCAUCAAAGAGAAGUUCUUUUCGGAUUUGAGAUGCCUCUUUAAUCAGAAACCGGAGGUUGAUAGUCUUAUUCAGGGUUUCGAAAAUGUAGGGCUCAAAGGGAAACAAAUCGAUACUUCUUCAGAAGACGUGGAGGAUUUGAGCUCUGAUGGUGAUUUUAGUAUCGGCAAUCGUGACAUGCAACAUCCGAUCCGACCCGAUGCCGAAAACUGCUCGUUUUUCAUUCGAACCGGGACAUGCAGGUUCGGGCGGAUGUGCAGGUUCAAUCACCCUGUUUCGACGAAAAUCUAUGUUGAUCGGGGAAAAAGCAACAUAAUUGGUGCUGGAAGUUCAUCUAAAAGUUUGAGUCGGAUUCCGUGCAAGUUUUACCAAAUUGGUCAUUGCAAAUAUGGAGAAUCUUGCAGAUUCAAUCACUCCAAAUCUGAGCCUGAAAACUCUCUCCCGCGCCUUAACGUGCUUGGUUUUCCAGAAAGAUUGGGUUGUGAAAACUGUUCAUUCUACAUGCGUACUGGUGUGUGUGGUUAUGGUGCAUCCUGUAAAUUUCACCACCCUCCACCUAUCUUCUUUACUGUUGAAUCCAUGGAUAGCCAGAAUGAAGCUUCAGAAAUCAAUGAGGGUGAUGCAGGACAUGUGGUUCCUCAUUUCUCACAAUCAACUAAUUCACAUGUGCGUGUGCUAAAAUUCGGCAGUUUCCCAAGUGCAAUCAGUGGGAAUCUGGAAAAGAAUGAGCACCCAUUGACAGAUGGAUCCACCUCAGAGUCUCCUUCUGGUGGCAAGACCAAGUAGAAUGGGCAAAUUACAUUUACAGGGAUGGUUUCUUAACUCUAAACUAAUAAUCUCUUAGAAUAUCUCUCAAGUUUAUAACUUAAUAUGUCAUAUUUGAAAAAGAAUGCAGUCUUUUUCAGCAACUAGAACCUUUUCUUUCAUCUUUCUUGUUUUGAUACCAUGAUGCAUAUGGUUGACUUGACACCUUACUUGUUCUGAGUAAUGUUUGACCAAACCAAUUCAGGGGUUGACUCUGUAUGGUAUGGUAUGUUGGAUCUUUUUCAUGGUGAUGUUUCCUUGUUUACCUUAGAUUUCAAAGGUACAUGAGCGCCUUGGUUUUGGUUUCUUCCAGUAUAUUUGAAUUUUUAACUGAUGGAAUGUGUGCUACAGUUUUACAAGUACACAUUAAACAUACAACUGGUAGCGUUGUGUUAAGUGUCACUGAUAUUUUAAGAGCAUGUUUAGACAACAUCAACUUUAAGCUCUUCAUCCUUUAGCUUUGAUGCUAUGAUAUUCUUAGGUAGUGUCCAUUGACCAUUUGCAAUUUGCAAUUUGCAAUGAAAAAAGUUGUUUGUUUUUGGAAUGGAACAUCACUAAACCAAAUCUGAUUCCUUAGGCAGAAAGGGGAUGCUUUUCUAUCAUUCAUUCCAUCACGGAAAAUUGUAAUAUAACCCAUUUUUAGUUAUAAAGUUUUUAAUGACACAAUAUUAUUUUUAUAAAAUUAAGGGGCUGUUUGAUGACCUCCGAAUCGGUCAGUAUUUAUAGUGCGUUUGAUACAACCUCUUAAUGGCGGCAUCUGAACGGUUUUGUAACCCUAUCUUCUCUCAACCAUUAAGAGGUUGGAAUCCAUUUACCACUAAAUGAUUUUUUUGUUACAUUCUUAUUUUGGUUUUAAUGAGCUUUUAUGAACUUUAGCUUUAUGGGAUCAUAAAUAAUAACUCCUAUAAUUAUAACUAAAUAUAUAGAA